AUGAGUAAUCUUCGUUUGCAAAAACGUUUGGCGGCCGCGGUUCUCAAGUGCGGCAAAGGCAAAAUCUGGUUGGAUCCUAAUGAGGUCAAUGAAAUUUCCAACGCGAAUUCUCGUCAGAACGUUCGUCGUUUGGUCAAGGAUGGGCUCAUAAUUCGUAAGCCUGGCAAAGUUCAUUCGCGUUUUCGAGCUCGUGAACGUUUGGAAGCACGCAGAAAGGGUCGUCAUAUGGGUUUUGGAAAACGACGCGGAACUCGAAAUGCUCGUAUGCCUGAGAAGGUCUUAUGGAUGCGUCGAAUGCGUGUACUCCGCCAUCUUUUAAAGCGCUAUCGAGCUGCGAAGAAGAUUGACAAGCAUCUUUACCACGAGCUUUACCUGAAGGCCAAAGGAAAUGCGUUCAAGAAUAAGCGCAACCUUAUGGAAUAUAUCUUCAAAAAGAAGACUGAGAACCAGCGUUCUAAACAACUUGCUGAACAAGCUGAGGCUCGCCGAAACAAAAACAAGGAGACGAGAAAGAGGCGUGAGGAGCGUUUGAUUUUGAAACGUAAGGAAUUGCUCCACAAACUUUCUGAGAGCGAAAAGCAGAAGACUCCACAGCUUCAAGAAGAGGAAGCGAAGGAAGCUUCGCCUUCUCCACCACCACCACCAAAGGCCACCAAGAAGCAGAAACCUCCGCCAACCGAAGCAAAGAAACCGGAGGAACCUCCAAAACCUAAAGCAGAUGAGCCAUCCAAGGCUAAACCAAAAGAAGCUGCAAAACCCAAGCAGAAGGAAAGUGGAAAAGAAGGCGGGAGUUCCAAAAAGAAGGGAGGAAAAUAA